AUUUUCACGGCUGAAUAAUUUACCGCUAUUUGAUAAACUCCUACCCACAUAUAAAUGGACUCGUCCGGAAAGUACUGCUGAGUCCCUGUUCCAGCAACUUUUGGAUCUGACGGCAAAGUGAUAAAUAUUAAGUUCGACCGUGAAAAAUUUGGAUUGGUUCCCGUUUUUUUUCCGCUUCACGUGCUGCCAAUACACAUUAUAUUGACGUUCGUGUUUUGAUCUAUAUAACAAACGACCCAAUAAUAUAUAGUCAUUAUGCCGUAUAGAACUACUAGGACUGUACGAACCAUCAUCUCGGACGGAAGAGGACCGCCUAGGGUAGAAACUAAAACUUAUACCGACGGUGACGACGACGGAUCGUCGGGAGGCGGAAUGAUGGAUUUUGGAGGAUUUAAAUCAAGGUUUGGAAAUAUGAAAAUAAGUUUCGGAGGAGGUGGUGGUGAUGGUGGGGACAGUGGAUUUAGAUACAGUUACGGUGGGGGCUCGCGGGAUACCCAGCGUGGCGGCGUGACUGGAAGGAGUAGUCGUAGGGAGAAGAAAAACCCAUUUGCCGGGCUGGAAAAACAGAGUUAUGAAGAAAUUGUAAAGAAGUGCAAAGAAGAGGGAUGCUUGUUUGAAGAUCCCGAAUUCCCAGCACAGGAUUCAUCCAUUUUCUUCAGCAAGUCACCUCCAAGGCCAUUUGAAUGGAAGAGACCAACGGAAAUCUGUGAUGAUGCAAAAUAUGUUACUGGUGGUGCUAGUAGAUUCGAUGUGCAGCAAGGAGAACUUGGUGAUUGUUGGUUGCUGGCUGCUGUGGCCUCUCUCACAUGUAACUCUCAUCUCCUCAACAAAAUCAUUCUACCAGAUCAAGAUUUCUCUGGACCCAACUAUUGUGGAGUGUUCAAAUUCAACUUCUGGCAUCAGGGAGACUGGAUCCAGGUUGUAGUUGAUGACAGACUGCCAACAUACUAUGACAAGCUUGUGUUUAUGCAUUCAACAGAUAAGAAUGAAUUCUGGAGCGCUCUUCUUGAAAAGGCUUAUGCAAAGUUGAAUGGAUCCUAUGAAUGUCUGAAGGGAGGCAGUACCAGCGAGGCCAUGGAGGACUUCACGGGUGGUGUCACUGAGUCCAUAGACCUACAGAAAGCCCCUAAAAACCUCCUCACCAUUAUGAUGAAGGCCCAUGCACGUGGCUCCCUUAUGGGCUGUUCUAUUGAUGCUGAUCCGAGCCAACUAGAGGCUAUAUUAGAUAAUGGUUUGGUAAUGGGACAUGCGUACUCUGUCACCAGUGUUAAACUGGUUGAGAUUCAAACACCUAAAGUGAGUGGUAAGAUCCCGCUGGUACGAGUCCGGAACCCAUGGGGUAAUGAGAGUGAAUGGAAAGGAGCAUGGAGUGAUGAGUCAGCAGAGUGGAGGUACAUCCCAGAUGAAGAGAAACAGAGCCUUGGACUCACCUUUGAUGAUGAUGGAGAGUUCUGGAUGUCCUUCCAGGAUUGGCAGGACAACUUCCAGAAGCUGGAGAUCUGUAACUUGGGUCCGGACUCCCUGGAUGAGGAGGAGGCGGCACAGGGCAAGAUCCGCUGGGAGGCCACUGCAGAGGUCGGAGAGUGGAUCUCUAGGGUGAAUGCUGGAGGAUGUAGGAACUAUCUAGAUACAUUUGCCACCAAUCCCCAGUAUCGAGUGGUCCUUACUGACCCCGAUGAUGAUGAAGAUGACCUCUGUACCAUGUUGGUUGGUCUGCUGCAGAAAGAUAGACGUAAGAAGCGUAAGGAAGGGCUCGACAUGUUAACCAUCGGUUAUGUUAUCUAUAAGAUGAAGGAGGAUGGCAGUUGUGGAUCAGGACCACUGGAUGUUCGUUUCUUCAAGUACAAUGCCAGUUGUGCUAAAUCACCCUCGUUCAUCAACAUGCGUGAAGUGUGUGGACGUCACAAAUUGUCUCCGGGAACGUACGUCAUUAUCCCAUCUACUUUCGAACCUAACCAGCAAGGACAGUUCCUUCUUAGAAUCUUCACAGAAAAGGCGGGAACAACAGAAGAAAUGGAUGAAAGCACCUCCUUGGCUGAUAACCAGGACGGGCCUCCCAUGACGGAGGAGGAUCAAGCACAGGGCCAGGAACUGAGGGAGAGUUUCAAACGUAUUGCAGGAGAAGAUCUAGAAGUUGAUGCUUAUGAACUUAGGGAUAUCCUUAAUUCUGUCUUCGCUAAAGGAGGUCCACAUGAUAUGGAGUUCAAGUUUGAUGGAUUUGGACUAGAUGUCUGCAGAAGUAUGGUAGCAAUGCACGAUGGUGAUUUGUCAGGAAAACUUGGAUUUGACGAGUUCAAACAGUUGUGGCAAGACUUGAGGAGAUGGAAGGCUGUGUUUAAGCAGUUUGACAAAGAUAGAAGUGGACUUCUAAGUACCUAUGAAUUAAGAGGAGCGUUCCUUGCCAGUGGUUUCCGUCUCAGCAACAGGUCUCUUUCGGCUAUUAUUCUGCGAUUCAGCAACAAGAAUGGAGAGAUCGAGUUUGACGACUUUGUCCUGUGUGCAAUUAGGUUGAAGACGAUGAUUGCAUCAUUCAAAAGCCUUGACAGAGAGAACCAAGGCUUGGCAGCAUAUGACAUAGAUACAUUCAUACAGACAACCAUGUACUCAUAAACACAAGAAAGCUUCUAGUUGAUGGGUUUUACAGUAAUUUGUUACGAUGGUUACAUCACUGUUCUCAAGUAGCUGGACUCUAUCUAGUUGAAACACAUAGUGUAGGAACAUGUAAAACUGUGACAUUAUUGUCUGUUAUACAGGACUCUUUGAAAUUAUGACAGAUUCUAUGAGAUUUAUUACCUGAUAAAUGUUGUAGACAAUUUUAUACACCUUUGGGGUAGUUUAGUGUAUUUACCCUAAUACCCUUCGCUUGGUAGAAAAGUCUUUUAUUACUAGGUAUAUAUUUAUACACAUUUUCUAGGCAUUCUGCAAUUACUGUAAUUUUACCCUGUAAUUUUACCAUUUGUUGCUAUAUCUGUUGUUAAGCAUUUAUAUAGCAGUUGUAUUGGAAGCUUUGAUGUUUGUAACAUGAUGGUUUCAUAUGUAUUUUUGUAACAUGAUUGUUUCAUAUAUACAAAGGCAGUCUUUUCUUGGCAUAUUUAUCUAUUCUGUACGUCUCAAGUUCUCUCAAUUUCAUUUCAGAUUUUCUUAAUCUUUCAACAAAAAAAUUCACUGUGAAAUUUAGUUUUUCAUAUUUGGCUGAAAAAGCAAAUUCACAUAUAGACAUGUAAUUGCAAGCAUUAUGAAUACUGAAAAAAAAAUGAAAAUCUGUGUAUGUGAGAAGAUAUGUAACAGGAUAGAAACAUUUGAUAUCCUGAUAUGUCCAAUAUGGUCUUGUAAUUUUCAGCAAUGUUAUUUGACACUAAACAGGGUACUGUAUAAAAUAUGAAGAUAGGUCUGAUACAGAUGUAUGAAAGUUCCUUCCAGGUUGUGAGAGUUGCUUUUUGGCUAAUUCAUAAAUAAAAUGCAGAUGCCUUCCAAUAAAAGUAUCUUGAGUAUUUUGAUUUAGUAAAAAACAACAUGUUGGCUGAUUGUAAGUAACAUUUAUCUUGAUUAUAUGACAGUUCAUAAAAGGUAGUGAUUUAGGAAAAUUGAAGUAAAAUUCUCUUGAGAAAGAUCUUGUGAUACAAAUGUGUGAUUGCUUUUCUUUUCUACCUCAUUUUAGAAUAAUGGGUGCUUGCCUAAAUUCUUGAUAGGACUUCUCUGCAAGAACUUUUGCACAAUACUGUAGAUUGAUUACAUGUAGAUUCAAAAUGUUUUCUUUCCCUUUUUUGCAGUUUCAUGUUGGUGAUCUUGCAAAUUAUGGCAAAGUUCAGAUUUUUGAUAGUUUUGCCUUGAAAAAAAGGGUCGUUUUUUAUAGUCGUUGAUUUUAUUUUCUUUUCAUAAAAUAACCUUUUGUCUCCUUUAAAGAGAUGUGAAAAAAUUCAAUAAAAAUCAUAGAACAAAAAUUCUGUUGCCAUUCUAAAAAUAGUUUGUUUUUAAUUUUGGUGUUGGGAUUAUUAUGGAACACAUUCCCCACUUUUAUUGUUAAAAAGUUGUUUAUUUCUUCUCUUUUUUUUUAUUUUGAAAAUUUCUGUAGUGCAUUGUUGUACUUUGUCUUCCAUGUAAUUCCUGAGAGCAUUUUGUUACUGAUACUGUUAUGUAUUGUUAGGUAGGUUUAUGACCAAAGUGCCUGUGUCAUUCUGUGAUAAGGUCCGUUUGAUUUGCAUUUGAUAUUUCAAGUUUACACACAGAGGCUUAAAGAAAGCACUUUUAAGGACACAUUAUGUUUAAUUUAAUUAAUCUGUCUGAAACAUUUCUUUAUUUUCUCUAUAGUUUAAACACAAAUGUUAAACUUAAGUAGGUUUUCUUUUGUUUGGAGGAUCAAAUGUUUUUAGCACAUGCAAAAUUUGAUACAGCAUUUAUUGAAUGUGUUUGAACCAAUAAAUGUUAGUGUUUUCAAGCAUUUAAAUAUUUUCCCUUCAUUUUGAAGAGUUGACUUUAUCUACUCUUAGACUUUAAAGACACAUUUUCUAACAUACUAAACUGUUAGAAACGUGCUUUUUUCAGAGACUUAUAUUUUCGUACUUUAUUAUUUUACAUUCUGUUUGAGAUUUUUUACAGUAUACACUUUGUUGUCUUUACAGAGAAUUUCUUUGUUAAAUGUUGGUUUAUAGUUUAUAUGUAAUGUCCCAGAACAGUGUUCAAUGGCUUUUACUUAGUUCUUCUUGCCACAUAAUCAGCAUGCCUCUACUAUUUUAUGUAAGCUUUUGUCUGUAAAAAAAGACUUUGAAACUGCUAAGGAAUGAGGAAAUGAUUGUAGAAUGAAAUCUGACAAAGGACUUAAUUAAAAAAAAAGAUAUGGACGGUUAAUUUCAGCAUCAUACGAAAUUAAAACAUCCUAUUUAUUAUAACAUUUUCAUAGUUAUUUUAAGUAUAUAUUGUAACUCUUGAAUCUCUUGUAACCAUAGAAACCAUUGUUGUUAUGGGAAGUAUUGCAAAUGUUACUGGAUACUGUAGCAAUAAUGUAAGAUAUAUAGUCUUGAGUUAAUAAAUUAUUUACACCA